CGGUCUCCCCCCGGGAAGUGACGGCAAAAGGCAACAGCGGGCUGGAAUUUAUACAGGCGGAGCUGCAGACACCUAAAAUGACGCAAUCUCAGCGCGAGAAAGGGAGGGGAUCCGCGAGGACCUCAUCCUGGAGAGAUUGCCUGGGAAGCGGAAGCCGUCGAUAAAGAGGCGGCUGACGGCGACGGUGGUUCAGCCGGGCGCGCUUGGGCAGGGUCCAGAUUCUGACCAUCUCUAGCUUCAGAGCAGGGAAGAUACGUCCAAAGACCACUGAUUUGGGAGUCAGGAACCCCCCCCCCCCCCGCCAUCCGAAUCAUACUUUGCCAGUUUUCAUCUGUGUGACUCUGACUUUACCUGCAGAAGUUUCAUUUCUCAUCGAUAAGACUGAAGACCAGAAAGGGAAUGUGACCUCCCCCAAAGUUACAGUAAUUGGUAGAGCUGGACAAGAACUUGAGUUUGUAACUGAAGAGAUCAGAGAUCUUUCUGUUACACUCUUGGGAAGCAGACCCUGAGAUCUUUGCAAAUUAUCUUGUGGGAAACAUGCCUAAAGUCAAAAGAAGCCGGAAAGCUCCCCCAGAUGGUUGGGAGUUGAUCGAGCCGACACUGGAUGAAUUAGAUCAAAAGAUGAGAGAAGCUGAAACAGAACCUCAUGAGGGAAAGAGGAAAGUGGAAUCUCUGUGGCCCAUCUUCAGGAUCCACCACCAGAAAACCCGCUAUAUUUUUGACCUCUUUUAUAAGCGGAAAGCCAUAAGCAGAGAACUAUAUGAAUAUUGUAUUAAAGAAGGCUACGCAGACAAAAACCUGAUCGCAAAAUGGAAAAAGCAGGGGUAUGAGAAUUUAUGCUGCCUGCGGUGCAUUCAGACACGGGACACCAAUUUUGGGACGAAUUGCAUUUGCCGGGUCCCCAAAAGCAAGCUGGAAGUGGGCCGGAUCAUCGAGUGCACGCACUGCGGCUGUCGGGGCUGCUCUGGCUGAGGCCCUCGGGCCCUGACCUCUCUUCACCCUGAACCUUGGACUUCGCAGGUUUCUGCCUGUCGCAUCACGCCCUCUCCUGGGAGCAGCUCUUCUCGCAGAGCGGUGCUCCAGGCCCGAGUGGAAGCAUGGUCUCUACAUGUUAAGGCUUUGGUGUUUAUCAGCUGUGAUUUGUAGAAAUAAAACUUUUAAACCUUU